CUGGUUGUGAGGUGAGCGAGGAGCUGAAUUAUUAACUGACGGUUAAAGUCAGAGACAGAACUGAGACGCAGUCAGAGUGAGAGUGAGCCGCUGACCGGAGCUGGUCAUGGAUCUGCUGCUGUCCGCCCUGAGGGCCGUGGACCCGGCCGCCGUAGAGCGGGAGUACCAGAUGGUGCGUUCCCAGUCGCUCCAGUUAAAGAAAGCUCACGGUUUGACCACAAAGGUUGGAUCCCUAAAAGAGAACGCCAAGAAGAACCGAUACAAGGACAUCCUACCAUAUGAUCAGACCCGGGUGGUUCUGUCUCUGCAGACUUCAGCUUCUGACUCCGACUACAUCAACGCCAGCUUUGUCCAGGGGGCGUCGGGUGACUGCAGAUACAUCGCCUCCCAGGCGCCCCUCAGUUCCACUCUGACUGACUUCUGGAGGAUGAUCUGGCAGCACAAAAUCAAGGUGAUAGUCAUGGCCUGCAGGGAGAUCGAGAUGGGAAAGAGGAAAUGUGAGUGCUACUGGGCAGCUCCUCAUCAGUCUGCAGCGUUUGGACCUUUCGCCGUCACCACGCAGGUGGAGUCGCGGCCCAACCGGGACGUGGUGGUGCGAACCCUGGUGGUCUGCUACCAGCAGGUAGGCGCUCACCUUGCUGGCCCCAGCUCAGGUCACACCUUCCUCACUCUUCUUCCUCUCCCGCAGGACGUCCACUCGCUGGUCCAGUUCCAGUACCUGUCCUGGCCUGACCACGACGUCCCCUAUGAGACAACCGGGAUUCUGGACCUGCUGGACCGAGCCAGGAGCAGCCAGGCAGCCGAAAGCUCUCCUGUCCUGGUCCACUGCAGUGCAGGCUGUGGGAGGACAGGAGUCAUCUGCGCUCUGGACUACAUCCAUGACCUUCUGGUUACCAAGAGGAUCACCGAGGACUUCAGCAUCCUGGACCUGGUCCUGUUGCUGCGGAGACAGAGACCCUCGGCGGUCCAGACCAAGGACCAGUAUGGGUUCAUCUUCAGCGCGGCCGCCAGCAUGUUGGAGCGCUUCCUGCAGACGCCUGAGGACCGGCUCUACAGCAACCUGCCGGAGGUGAAAAAACGAGACAAGAAAACCUCAGCAGCUACAUCUUCAUCCGUUAGCAGCUCAACCGCCAUGAAUGACACCUACGCUGUGGUCAACAAGGCCAAGCAGCCGCACCGGACCACAUCAGAACCAUCCUACUCCUCCGUGGUCACGCCCAGGUCCAACCCAGGAACCAGAACCGUGCUGCCAUCCCAUCACUAUGACAACGACUUCAGCGCAACGUCUGCAGCUCCCAUCUACAGCGCUGUGAAGCCCAAGGUCAAGCCGCUGACAUCGCCCCCCUCAGCUUCGCCUAUUUACGACAUCGCCGCCCCGACCAAUCAGAGGGAGGACCCUCACCUGGUGCCAGAAGCAGACGACGACUAUGAAGACGUUUCCUCUCCUGCCUCAGACGUCAGCAGCUUCUUCACACCUGGAGGCAUCGGUUUUAACUGUCGCAUCCAGAAGCCAAAAGGACCCAGAGAUCCUCCGGCGGCCUGGGGACGGAUGGAGAGGUGAACUGGUUGAACUGGACCAGUUACCCAUCUGGAAUCACUGUAGGCAGCCGGAGUGGUCAGCAUUUAGCCGACUGACAUUACUGUGAUUUGUUCAGUUACUGUAAUCUUUUAACGCUCUGUUUUUGUUUAAAAAUUAACCAGAGCUUCAAUUUGUUUAUGAUUUAACUGAAAUAUGUCAAGUUUAACAAACUAAAUUUGAUCUAAUUUGUCUGAAAAUUAUCUGCAGAUUUUGUACACAGAGUUUUUGACCCAUAAUUCACAAACUUUUCCGAUGUGGCUUCAGCUUCAAUAAAAAUGGGAACAGCA